AUGAAGAAUGAACGUCGAAGAGCUGUAUGUUUUCACGAUUUUCACAGUAUUGCCGAUUUCCUCAAAAUGUCGAACCAGAAAGGCCAUGCUCACCUCUUUCAUUCAGCUGUGUUGGAAGCAAUGAUGCAGGCAUGUGAAACGUCCUCAUUCACAAAAGCUAAAGAACGAGCGCUGUUUGUAACUGGGAGAGCAAUGGAGCGAAGAAUGCUUAGAGCGCCUCUGAACGGCUACUAA